AUGAAUUUGUGUAACAAUCCGACUCGGAUUGUGCCCGAUAAGUCCGAGUAUGCAGCAUUAAAACAACCUCAAGCACAAGGCCCAUCAAGGAUCCUCCUUUUUGCUUAUCCACCCAUUAAAAUGGCCAAGGACCAAAAGACCACCCAAAAGCGUUCCACCCUCGCUGAUGUCGUUACCCGUGAAUACACCAUUCACUUGCACAAGCACGUCUUUGGUCGCUCUUUGAGAAAGCGUUCUCCCCACGCUAUCAAGGCUGUCAAGGCUUUUGCCGAAAAGGCUAUGGGUACCAAGGACGUCCGUCUUGAUCCUUCUUUGAACAAGGCUAUCUGGUCUCGUGGUGUCAAGCACAACAACCACCGUAUCCGUGUCCGUAUCGCCCGUAAGCGUAACGACGACGAAGAUGCUAAGGAAAAGUUGUACUCUUACGUUACCUACGUUCCCAUUGCUGACUUCAAGGGUCUUCAAACCGAAGUUGUUGAAGAUGAAAACUAA